AUGAGCGUCAAAGUUGCUUUAAUCACAGGCGGAGUCAGUGGACUAGGCCUGUCUGUAGCCAAAGCUCUGUCCACCUCUGAGAACUGGACUAUACACAUCCUCGACAUCAACGAAGAGGGCGGAGCCCAGGUAGCCAAAGAGUUGCCCCGAACAACCUUCCACCGAACAAAUGUGACCAAAUAUAGCGAGCUUGCAGCGGCAUUCCAGAGCACAUUCGAACAAUCCAGCCGCCUGGAUUUCGUCUUUGCCAAUGCCGGUGUCAUUGAGCGAAACAACUUCUACGCCACCCCAGACGCAGAAGAUGGCAGGGAUGUCUGCCCACCACCAGAGCCCGACCUGCUCUCGAUCGACGCCGAUUUGAAAGGUGUGGUCUUGACGACCUACCUGUCUCAGCACUAUUUCCGGCAUUCGCCUCACAAGGGUCAGGGUUGUAACCUGGUGAUGACCGCUAGUUGCGGCGGACUAUACCCGUCUUUCUAUUGCCCGUUAUACUCGGCCGCUAAAUUCGGUGUCGUGGGCUUCAUGCGCUCCGUCUCACAACAUUUCCGCGCAAAUGGAGUCCGUGUCAACGCCAUCUGCCCUAGUAUCAUACGCACGAAUCUGGUCGACUCAGUUGGCUGGGACAGUUUCCCACAGAAUCGGUUCGUCGAGGUGGAGAACGUAGCCCGCGUGGUCCUCGCGCUGAUAGAAGGCGAACCGGCGGGCCAGGGUUUGAAGGACGCGACUGGGAGGCACCUGCCCCUGGCGGAGCUAUACGGAGUCGCAGUGGAGAUCUCGGACAGCGGGUUGUAUUUCCGGGAUCAGCAUGAUUUCUGCGAUGAGGGUAUGCGUGAGGUCAUGGCGGCGACGGUGCUGGAAAAUCAGGUCGGUGCUAUUCUCAACGGCGAUUAG